UGUAAAAAAUAUUGUAAAACCAGAUUUCUUCCAUGCAAAUCUGUUUUCCAGAGUAGCAAAACAGGGAACUUAGAGUGCUCAGUGUGAGACAAGCUAGGAAAAGGAGAGAAAGAAACAAUGAAAAGUGUCAAAAGGCCUCUGCAGAUGGAAAGUAGGAUUGCUGAGGACACACCAGACUUAAAAAAAAAAAAAAAAGAGAACAGAAAAAAAGACAGAGGAGGGCGGGAGGCUUAGAGAAAACUCACCCCUUUUCCAGAGAAAAAAGAGCUUGGGAUGGAGAGUGAAAGAAAAUGGGGGAGGGUAAUGGGAGUGGGUGUGUGUCUGACUCUGUCUGUCCCCUCCCUCCAUUAUAGCGGUAUAGAUGGUGCAGGGCAGCCAGGAGACAGUCCAGAGAGCUGCACUAGUCCUGAGACCACCAGCUCAGAGAAGUAGUCCAGCCACUCCAGAGACGCCCAACCAGACUCACAAUAACUCAACCUGUUCGAUUCAUCCAAUCAGCAAGGAGUGACAGCUUCUCUUAUUCCUGAUCUGAGCUGAUUCAGAUCACUGACAGCUUUACACCUGAGACGCAGAGACAACACAGCAGAGAUGAGGAUGGGGAUGCAGCAACACUCACACAGCUUUCUGGUCCUUCUUCUCUUGGUCUUCAUCGCUGGGAUAGUUCUUUCUGUCCCCUCGACGCCCCGCAGGAGCAGAGUGAGACGUCAGAACAUGAAAGUCCGGAUCAACGCCUCAGGAGACACCAUCGUUAUGAAGUUUUUGCGUCCCAACGCUGACACCAAGCUGGAGGGUUACAUCCUGGGCUACGGCAGCAGCAUGUUCUCCAAACAGUUUAUUAAGCUGCCUGAAAACGGACAGCCGUACGAGACUGAGUUUGAUGCUGAACCCAAAUACCUUAUAGCCGUCCAGCCCAUCCCAACCAAUGAUGUGAAAAAGCAUUGCACAGGUAAAGUGGAACUGCAGAAGCCGCUACACCUGGUCAUCGGCUCGGUAACGCCCACCUCAGUUCUCCUGUCUUGGGGGACCCUGCUGAAAACUCCCUAUGAAGGCAACGUUAUGAAUGACUGUCUUGAGGAGGGACACUACACCGUGCGUUAUCGUGAGAGACACAGGAAGUGGAACUACCAGACCUGCCCAACUAGCGACACAGUCAUCGACAACCUGAAGCCAAACACGGCUUAUGAGUUCGGUGUCCAGCCCAACGCUAAGGAUGUCACCGGAGUGUGGAGCAAGCCGGUCAUUCACAACAUCAGCUCAGGGGGCACAGAUGAUAAGGCAAGGAAAACCAUCGUUAAACGUCCCAUCAACCCUGUGAAACCUUUACUGCCAGGUCCACGCUUCCCCUUUCCUCAACGCCAUGUUCAUCCUAACAGGACCCAGGGCAGACCGCCCGUCACCUGGAAAAUAAACUCAAAGACAACUCUUGCUCCCACCACAACUACUAAAAAGGAAUCUCUGUCGACCCCUGGACCCACACUGCCUGUUGUCACCAAAAAGCCAAUCGGAGGAAGAGACCUUUCCAGAUCUGUCUUGCCUCCCUUCAUGGAGGCCCCUUUACCUCCCAAGCCCCAUCCUCCACCACAUAUUACAACCACCGUUGCAGCUGUAACAGCCCUCCAGAAAAAUAUAAAUAAGCACGUAGAGCACAACAGCCAACAACCACAACAGAGACCCCAAUCCCAACCUCAUGCACAACCCCCACCAAAACCCCAGCUCCAUCCACAGUAUCAGCCACAACCAAAACCAUAUCCCCAAACCCAAAUCCCUCAACUAAAGCCAUGGGUGAAAGCUGAGCCUCAACCACAACCCAAACAAACAUCCCUGCCCUUCCUCCAGAACCAACCACAACCACAACCACAACCACAACCACAACCACCACCCCAAUCAACAUACCAGCCAAAAAUCCAAACACAACCUCAGUCGGAAUCUUGGCCAAAGCAGCAUCCCCAAUCACAGCCUCAAACCACACCACAUCUUCAGGUUGAACCACAACCUAAACCAACACUGCAGCCCAAACUCCAGGCCCAACCUCAAACACAACCCCAGGAAAAGAGCCAAACCCAGCCUCAAGUUCUCACACUUCCCCAGCCCACACCUGUGGCACAUCCUCAACCACAAACACAACCUGUAAUCAAAACUAACCCUGAACCUCAACUAACCACAAAGCAGCAGACUGAGGCCAAACCAACAACUAAACCAACGACCAUUUUUGUACAAUCCAAUCCCAAAUCACAGACUCGACCAAAGGGUCAACCCAAGCCCCAACCAUCACCUAAAAUAAAAAGAAAAAAGCUUGAAAAAAAGCCCAGAACAGGAAACCGACAAGAACCUCUGACUGAGGCCAAACCAACAACUAAACCAAAGACCAUUUUUGUACAAUCCAAUCCCAAAUCACAGACUCGACCAAAGGGUCAACCCAAGCCCCAACCAUCACCUAAAAAAAAAAAGCCCCGAACAGGAAACCGACAAGAACCUCCCCGUGAGACUCAGCCAAGGUCCCAAGCACAACCUCCAAAAAAGAUCCAGGCCCAACCAAAGCCCUCUCCACCCAAGCCACAACCUCAACCUGGGAUUCCUUUUCAGACCAGGACCUACUCUGAUCCCACCAAGGUCACCCCAAGGCAGGCAGUCUCUACGGCUCCUAGUCCACCAGAAGAGGGCAAGCCUCUGCCAAGACCUGCCCUGGCUACAGAGAAUGCUGGUAGUUACAAUCAGGGUACUGGAGUCCUCAAGCCGUCCAUUGUUGCAGUUCCUCGUUCUCCCAUUAGCUCAUCUGUUCCCCAAGCAGGAAGAAACACCACACGCACCCGGGUUCCUCCUCAAACCCCUCGUAUUAGUGGAAGGCCAUUUACUCCGUCCAAGACAUCCUCCUCUCACAGCUCCAGCACACCUGGGGCAACCGGUGGGGCGCGUCAUAGGGGAAUUGCUUAUCCUAAACAUGUGGUGUGGCCCAAAGAGAAAACUGUCCCUACAGUCCUGCGUCCUAUCCCUUUCAACAAGAAACCCAACCUGGUGGGGAAACCUAGUGACAAUGAUAAACCCAUGGAUUUGAAACAAGGAGGCAAGGUAUCCAUCUUGAAGCCAUUUCCUCUGGUCACAGCCAAGCCCAAGCAAGAGCGCAGACAGCAGCAAAUGACCAGCUCGGCCCCGGCACUAAACACAAGCCGUUUUGACAUAAAUGACAACUCCUCCGUAUUCAGCCAUUCUCCUGUGUCAGACGUAGACAUCAUGGGCAAGACGCGCUUUGUAGGUCCCCAUGUGAUCUACAAGACGGAUAAGAAGCCAGACGAGCCGUGCUCCAUCACCUCCUCCCUCAGUUUCUUCGCUGAUGAGGAGGGUGGGGAUCAGAAUGUGACUGGUCCUCCCCGCGUCCCCCCCACCAACCUCACUGUGGUCACUGUGGAGGGCUGCCCGUCCUUCGUCAUUCUUGACUGGCAGAAAACUGAUAAUGAAACCAGAGAGUAUGAGGUUGUAUCCACCACUAAAGGACCAAAUGGAGAGGAGGUGUCCGUCCUGACGACCAACCAGACACACACAGCCGUGGAGAAUCUCAAACCAGAGAGCAGUUAUGAAUUCACAGUAACACCAAAGAAUGAGCUGGGAGCCGGACCCUCCAGUGAUCCUGUGACGUUUAGCACAGAAUCAGCGGACCCACGAGUGAGCGAACAUGCUUCAGGCAAAGAUGCAAUCUGGACUCAGUUCCCAUUUAAGUCUGAUGACUACUCUGAAUGCAAUGGAAAGCAGUACGUGAAGAGGACCUGGUACCGGAAGUUUGUGGGAAUCCAGCUCUGCAACUCGCUGAGAUACAAGCUCUACAUGAGUGACUCUCUCACUGGGAAGUUCUACAACAUUGGAGAUCAGACGGGACACGGGGAGGACCAUUGUCAGUUUGUGGACUCCUUCCUGGACGGACGUACCGGCACCCAGAUGUUUGCUGACCAGCUACCAAGCAGACAAGGGUUUUACAGAGCGGUGAGACAGGAGCCCGUCCACUUUGGAGAGAUUGGAGGAAAGUCACAUGUUACUUACGUAGGCUGGUACGAGUGUGGCACACCCAUCCCUGGGAAGUGGUAAAAACCCCACAGCGGUUUCCAGGAAGGAUUCCUUUAUUGGAAAGUAGGAAGAAGGAGACGCCUGCCUUACCCUGAAGGGAGGUGGGCCUUUCUGUCAUGUUACCAUGGACACUGUAGAUGGGUCUGUCUGUUUGAGCUCCUUUCUCAAAGGGUUGAACCUGUACACGACUCUUAGGUGUCACAAAACUCUUCCGAGUGCAUUUGUAACAUUUGUCUUAAUUUCUCUAUUUAUCAAAAAUGCAUUCAGCAAACAAAUGCAGGUGUUUGAGUGAACCAAAAUGUUGAAUAUACAAUAAUUACAGAGAAAAUGGUUGGAAGCUGGCUCCCAAAGUGUUAUAACUUGUAUGAUAUUAUUUAUCAAAAGGGGAUCGUUAUUGAAUAUUCUGUGUGUGCUCGGGCUUUUGAAAUGAGGAAGUACAAAUUGUUCCAAAUACUUGCAUGUCAGUGAGCACACACAUUGUGUUAUAUGUAGACAGCACGGUACCAAUCAUGCUUUCAUUGUACAUUUGGACUUUGUAAAAUACAAGUACACACAGACAUGCAGAAUGGACCUUCUGCUGGCCCUAAGGGAUUAUUAGCAGUUGCAGUUUGCACAGUAUUAAACCUUUUGUUAUAUAUGUAUAUGGUGUGAAAUACAGUAUGUAUACCAGGGAUCCUUUAGUUUGAUACAUUUCAGGUAAAAGACUGCUCCUAGCCAAAUUGUAUUUUUAGAAAGCUAAUGUAGCUCGAACCCAGCGUUACUAUGGACUCACUUGGAAAGAUUUAUGUAGUUUUGAUGCCGAGUCUUGUCCUUUAUUUUAUAAAAUAACAUAUAUAAAUAAUAAACUGAACUUCAACGUGGAAACAAAAGUACAUUUCAUAAUUUAUGUUUUCAAACUUACGAAGUGUACAUAAAGCUAUGAAUCAUUGGAGAGAAAGUGUCAGUUUGUUUCCACAUCUGUCACGACUGCCUUUGUUUUUGAUGCCCAAUGAAUGUUUGUUUGUUUUCAGCAAUAAAUCUUGUUUUUAUAUUUACUGAUA